UGUUUUCAAACGAAAUGUCGUCGGAAAGCUUAACGCAAAUUCCAGGAAGAGACACCUUGAGGAUCAUUUUCUUGUUUUCCAGAGCAAAGUUUCUAAAGCAAAUUUUGGAACAGCUCGAAUUAGAGAAAGCGCUGUUGUCCGCGGAGUAUGAAUCGGAAUCCUUGAAGCUCAGUCAGGACGAAGGAGAGAAGAUAAAGGUGCAGAUGCGGAUAAACGAGCUGGAGAGGCAGAUGGCCGAAGAUAAUACGACGCAAGCGAAUUUGCAAGCGGAUGCUAAGCUGAGAGUUCAGAGGGCUCAACAGGUUUGCGGUCGUUUGGAGGAAGAGCUCGCGAAUUGCGUGGACGAAGCCACACAACAAAACGUUAGCGAGAAGCUCGCGACUCAGCAGGACAUCCUGGAAUCUGAAAGGAAGGCCUUCGAGGAUCUGGAGUUCCACCAUCUCGAAGAGGAAGCGAGCAAACUGGCGAACAGAGAAGAAUUGCAAAGGUAAAUCGAUAUUCUGUAUAUGAAAAACUAUGUCAAACAAGAAUUAGGGCCUCCCAGAGAAGAUCAAGAGGAGCCACCUACUGUUUUGACUACUGCUCAUCCUGUUAAAAACCUCUACUAUAUCAGGAACAAAUUGUUUUUGCUGGAGCUUGCGUUUGCUUUACGUUUCAAACUCUGAUUACGUGCUAUUAGAAAAAUGAUUAAAUUCUAUUACACUAGUUUACAAACAAAAUGUACAUUCAAUGCCACAAUUUUUUUUCUUGCGUAUUUUGGGCUACUAAACUUGAAAAUCGCAAGACAACAUUUUUCUAUGGAUAGAUUUUUUUAUAUGAAUUUUUGAAUUCUUUUUUUCGAUUUUUUUCUGACAUACGUUCACAUUUUAGGCCAUAUAAGGAUUCGUAAAAGUGCGAUCUAUACGUAAACAAUAAGAAACUGGACAUAAUUUGAUAAUUUCUAUUUUUCCGUGGCCAUGGAAGAAAUAUUCGUGUUCUAUUUUACCCGAAAAAAUCAAAGUUUCUCAUAUAUAUUGGCUCAUAACAUUUAAACUAUUGAACCGAUUGGAAAAUAAUGUAAAAAUCAAUUGUUGGAAAUUCGAUUACCUUUAAAAUGGCGUCUUGCGCGACUCAAUCGGACGUUUUUAACUCUAGAUAUGGCCUAAAAUGUGAAGGUAUGUCAGAAAAAAAUCGAAAAAAAAAAUUCAAAAAUUCGUA